AAAACCCCAGACAUGGAUGACACUCGACAAAAUGGCUCCACACAUACACUAAUAUCAACAACACUCCGGUAACGGUAAUAUUAAGGAUAGCGAGGGUCAGAAGCCACGCUCUCCUUGGAUUGUGCUUUACGCAUUUUUACGCUUCUUCAGAAACACCUCUGAAUUUUAUAUUCCGUGGCAUCUCCUUUGCAAAACAAUGAAAAUGAUGGAAAAAUUGAAACCGGAGUUUCGCGAGAACAGUCCUGGUGGGGAAACAUGCGGGUCGCCAGUGCACGACACCACUUCUUCUGCAGGUCUGGUGACCGUGGAAAGGGACGAGGCGUGCGAAAAACAGGAAGGCACGACGCCGGUGGACUCUGCAGAGAGUCAGCGGAGAAGCGAGGCUGUCCCGGGGGACCACUGCAAAGGGACUGUCAUCAUUAAUGGCGUUACCAAGGAAACGGCUUACAACACCAGCGAGCUAAAAAAGGAAGUGCCAGUGAUCGAGCUGGCCAGGAGAGGAGGGACCGCGGAUAUAAAAGCCAGAGAGCACAAGGCAGACAGCAGCCACAAGGUGCAGACCACCGAACUGUGCAGACCUCCUGUUCCCUUGCCGCUGCCUCCCCUGGACCCGCUGAGCGAAACUCGAAUGGUGCAGUUGAGUCCACCCGCUUUCCCUCUCCCAGCCCGAGCGAUGCUGUACAGUAACAUGGCGCAACCGCUCGCCACUCUUAACAGUGGCUUUGGCGGUGACCCGGACCAGUACGGCAUGUACCCCAACAAUAGGGUGAAACGUCGACCUGCGCCGUACGAGGUUGAAAUCAACGAUGGCUCCCAGCCCAAGAUCGUGCGCAGGAUCUUCACCAACAGUCGGGAGCGCUGGCGGCAGCAGAACGUGAACGGGGCCUUCGCCGAGCUGCGCAAGCUCAUCCCCACGCACCCGCCCGACAAGAAGCUGAGCAAGAACGAGAUCCUGCGGCUGGCCAUGAAGUACAUCAACUUCCUGGCCAAGCUGCUGAGCGACCAGGACGACAUGGUGGGCGGCGGCGACGCGGCGUCCAGGGUGCGGGAGGCCCGCGAGGCCGGCCUGGUCAGGGAGGACCUCCUGCAGGACAUGCUGUCGCCCAACUCCAGCUGCGGCAGCCUCCUGGACGGCGACGGCAGCCCCGAGAGCUUCGCCGAGGAGCAGGACUCCUCGGUGGACUCCCGCCCUGCCACCAGAGGCCUGCACCACCCGGGACUGCCUCUGGAUGGCAGCAGCCAGCGAUGAUGACGAACUUUGGCCUCUGUUGGAGAACAGAAGAAGAGCGCACUUUGUGUCGCAAGACACCGGGGAAAGAAAAUCAAACACAAAUGGGAAGGAUGCAGUGGGGGCGCUCACACUUUUACGGCAUGAGCUUUUUACAGACGUAUUCCUCAAAUCAGUCCCGUCUCAUUUUACUUUACUGUGUUUUUAUCUGCACCCAAUCCAAGCGGAGCUAAGAAGGCUACGGUAAUAGACUCUGGUACAUACAAGAACAGUUUUCAGCAAAGCCUGAUUAAUGCUGUUUUUUUUCCAGCUGCUGUUGUACACAAUGAGAAAUAAUGGCUCAAUAAGUACUAUCACAGAAUAAUGGGCUUGAUCUGAGUUUAGGAAAAAAAAUAAAACCCACAAUAACCAGCAGAAGUGAAAAUCACCAAGAUUGAGACUUUCAGAAUGGUACCUUCCUUUGCUUUUGCUGAUUUUCACCAGGUACACUGGACAGAUGAAGGAACUGUUGCAGGAAUGUACUGGUACAGACAGAGUGCAUUCUAGAAUUUUUAAUGCAGGUGCAGAGAGUGCAGAUUUACGGACAAUGACAGGACCAUCUCUGUUACAUGGUUGCAAAUGUCUGUGCAGGGACAAAAUACAUUUUUUUAAUAACAUUCAGAAAAAGUUGUGCUGAAUGACAUUUAAAAUCAGUUAUUAUUUAGCAGACACAGCUUAUGUUUUGUAUGCAUGAUAGGCAUACAUAAAAAGUUAUGUUUUUGGCUUCUCAAUUUAUGUCAUAUGUGCACUGCUUGUCCAUUUCAAAGUGAGACGAUUGUCACACAGGUUUCCCAGUCUCACAGAUUUUUUGUCCUUUCAAAAGAGGAGGCCAUGGUAUUCCCAAGGGAAGUAAAUCCACUUUUAAAUGACGAAAAACAAUAUACAAGUCAGUAGCUAUGAAAAGAAUGCUGUUUGCAAUGUAAAAGAGGUACAAGAGAUCUGCUCCCAAAUGUACAUAAAAUCUGAGGUGUAUAUCUGUAUUUAAUAAUGAAACCUGUCGGUUUGUACUUUUUCUUUUUAUUGUCCUUUAGUAUGGUACAUUAAAAUUGCCACCUCUUUGCUUCUCACAUCCCCUCACUCUCAUUCAUUUCACAGCGAUAAAAGACAACGCCAGUAUUUCCAUUGCUGCAUUUUUGUCCAGCGAAUGUUCACAACAUAUGGCUUUGACUUCUGCUGUU